AUGGCACAAGUGUCUUCUACAGUCAUUCCAAUGAACAACCUUGGAAAUAGUGUCCCGACGACCUCUGCAGCCGUGAAGAAAAACUCAAGACCUCCAACUGCAAGUCUGGGAGUUGGAAAUCUUACAGUUGCUUCUUUACCACAAGGACAACCACAACCGCAAACACCUGUGACUUCGAGGAGCACCACAGGUCAUCCAUCACCUCCGCAAUCGACAGUAUAUCAAUUUGCUCCACCAUGCGGAUGCACAGCCAACGUCUCCUGUCAACAGCAUGCACCCGUCUCAAAUACCAAUCCCAUUGUUAAUUGUGUGAAAUUUCUUGCUUUCUGGGACUGCGUGCCUGUUGGAACUAUUGCUGCUGCUGUUUCUUUCAUCAUUGGUACUGUCGUUUCAUAUCUUACUAUGAAACUGGCCAUUUGGACUGCUACUAAAGACUACAUCGAACAUUGUCAGGCAGAUGAGGAGGUACAACGUGCGACUGUUCAAUGUGUGAAAGCAGCUGGUCAAGUCCUUCCUCCUCCUCCUUUCUUCCAGUACGACCCCAAAAACGAUACCCUUGUUCGUCGAACAUUGGGUGGAAAACUACUAGGGUCCACGAAGUCCAAUAUCUACGACAGUAGUUAUGUUUGGGCAUGUGCGCUACUGGGCCAUGCGUUUUGUUGGUUGGUUCUAUCUGCGAUAUGCUAUUUUGCAUGGAAAUUACCUGAUAUUCGAUACAAUCCAAGACGACCUGACAGAGAUUUCAUAUGUAGACCCCCAUAUAGCUAUAAGUCCGAGUACCACGAGCCCAUGCAAGGUACAACUUCAGCAAUAAUCAAUAACGAGGGUAACAACACAACGUAUAUGAGACGCCGAGGUCACAAUCGCCAUAACUCAAAUUCAAUGUUCCCUUUACUCGAAGAGAAUGCAAUGUAUAGCAUAGAAAGAGAUGAAAACCUUACACGAAAAUCAUUGGCAAUUCGAUUUCACAAGCAUCGUUUGGACCCGUCUUGGAAGGCAGAUGACAUAAGGAGGCUGCCCUACACGGUGCAUACGCAUAUUACAUUUAGUAAGAUCAGGAAUGGCCAUCAGCGCUCAUCAAGGAAACAAAUUCAAAUUCAUAAAUUAAUGCAUCUCAACAUCAGAAAUCUUCUGGGACUUUAUGGAUUGGAGAUUUCUGUUCGUACUAAGAAUGCAAAACGUAUCUCAUUGAUUGACAUGCUAUUUAUUUCUCCCCUCAAGGAUAUUCUCAUAUCUUUUCCGUGGGAAACCGGCACUAUCAGAAGCAUCGUCGAGAAACUAGUGAGGGAUGAGGAUGCUGAAAGAUUUGUGAAGUUCUACGAGGGAAAUGGACCAAAACUUCAGAAAGUUAUCAAAAAAGCUAUCUUUUCUGGUCUCGAUACUCUCAGAUUUACUGGAGUUGAUAGUGAAGGCAAGCUUCUCGCUUUGGUUCAUAUUCAAGACAGCCUGUAUCUUGCUGAAUUCACUCUAGGUACUUACAGCUGGGGUGACAUACUGCAAGACACAGAAGAAACAUUUACUGUAGCUGUCAUCACAGAUACAAAUCCUCAUUGCGACUGGAGGGAAAGCGAUAUGCAAAUAACGCCAACAAUAGUGAACAAUUACCACCUAAUGUAUUGAGCUAAUCCUCUUGAACCUUUCAUUGGG